CACAUAUCAUCUUGAUACUUGCUUGUUGCUUUUCACCACUUUGCACUUUUGAUUCUUCUUGCGUCGACCGACGGCACGCCAGACGGCUCGACUGCUCUCCACUCGGCAGCACCCGACUCUCUCACACUCUCACACAAACAAAUAGCCCACGCGACCGACGGGCCCACCCACCCAGCAUUCGCCGCCGCCAGCCGCCAGAUCUCACCAUCACACAUCCAUCUCCCCCCGUUCCCUCCCUCCUUCUCUCCUUCCCCCCCACCCCACCACCACACCACUUUGAAACGCGUGCAUUUGACAAUCUUUUGCGCCAAUCAUCCUCUUGUCUUGUCACGAUCCCCCACUCUCGACGCGUAGACGCGACUAGGACUUGCCCUCUCUCACUGCCGACUUUUGCACAGACGCUAGUCGCGCCGCGCACAUCCAGACAAAGCCGCCUGUCGUCGUACCCCUUGGUCGACCUGUCUUGUCCCCGCCCCCCCUUCCCUUUUCCCCGUACGUCUCAUCGACAAAAGAAAGUCACCCUCUCCCCAAUCGACGACGCAUCAAUCAAUCGCAUCGACGACCACAGCGACGACAACGACGCACACUUGCACACACAUUGUCGACUCGCAUUUUGUUUACUGCUCGACACUUUGGCACCCCCGCCUUUGCCUACAACGCACAGACAGUCGGUGCAUCAUCAUUGUUUACGCCGCUUGUCACCCGCCCCACCAGCACCCACCUUGCCCCCCUCACCCAUCACGCAUCACGCUGGCAACAUGACUGCCAUUAGCCCCAUGCGCAACCGCUUCGACUAUGCGUCGGCCAUGCACCCGACCUCUUCGCUUCGCGACCCACCACCCAACGCCACGCCGCCCGUGGGAAGCAGGUCGCCGUCCGCUCGCGCCACAGACGACCGUGACGACCGCCGAAAGGGCAAGGCACGCGAGAGAGAAGACCUCCCCGACGACGACGACAAGCGCCCAGACAAGCGGAGCCGUACCCAUGCUCGCGGCUCAGGCCGCCUCAGCGGCGACUCGCCCUCAAAGCUCGGCUCUGGACCAUCCGCCCCGGGCGAGUCGCAGUCGACUGGCAAAAGCCGCCCGCCGGGGCUCGCACCCAUCAAGCCCAUUGGCUUUGCCGCAUCUCGUGAGGCCCGCCGCGAGGACGGAACGGAUCGUGCCAUCCCUUCGCCCGUUGUCAUGGGCUUUGACUUCAAGAGCAUUGACGAGGAGCAGCUCAAGACUGUUCGCGACACCAUCAGCAUCAAGGAGCAGCAGCAGGCGCUGAUUGCUCAACGGCGCAAGGAGAUGGCUGCCAGCCAACCGACGACGCCCCGCGAGCUCACCUUCAAAGGGUGGACGCCCAAGGAGACUGAGAAGCGCAGCGUUGGUGUUCGUCGUGAGAAGACGCGCGACAAGGUCGAGCGCAUGAGCAUUGUCACUUCCAACAGCGACAAGGACGUUGUCCCGGGAUCCAAGAGCGCGCCUCUGAACCAGGGCCUUGCGAGCCAGCAGCAGUCACCACGCGAGCCUCCUUCGGGCUCGCAGACUGCCAUGCCGCAGCACAUUCUCCCUCCCAUGCACUCGCACUACCAUCAGCAGCACCACCACCACCUGGCCGACCCACGGACGGCCCCAGUCAGCCACACGCGUUCUGGUCGUCCAGAGGAGAACAACUUUGCGCGUCAGCAGCAGCCCUACUACCAGGCAACAGUGCACCCCGGCCCUCCUGGCGGCCCGCCCUCUGCUACGGGAUCCACGCACCGCACAUCCCAGGACACGCGCUACCCUGAGAUCAGCCUCGACAUGGCUGGUCCCAGGUCGGCACGGCCGCAGCCGCAGCCUUCUACUGCGGACCGCCGCACGUUUUCGGUCACUGGCAUCGCCGGACACCCGUCGGCGUACCCUCCAUCGCCUCACGCUCGUGGCCCUCCUCCUGGCCCCAGCUCGGGUGUCCCCCCACCGCAGCGUGCGUCGAACGGCCACCACCGCGGCAACGGCGGCUACUCUGCAUCUCCAUCGCCCCCACACCAGACGACGCACACGCACCACCGCGAGCAGUUCCUGGCUCCUUUCAGCCAGCUCUACGACUUGCUGGGCAGUGUCGACAACCUGCGCUACUCGUUGCAGGACAUGAUCCACCGCGGCGAGUCUGCCUACGCUGCACAGAUGGCGGCGACAGCCGACUUCAAGGCGACGGCGGCCCAGGCCGGCAACCUCUUGGCCACGCUUCAGCAGUCGGCCGAAAGUCUCAAGGAGAUGGUGCGCUACGAGGUGGACCGGGCCGGCAGUGCCGAGCGUCGCGAGGUGGACGAUCUUCGCGACCGCAUCCGGCUGCUCGAGGAGCGUCUCGACCGCCGCUAAGCCGCCGCCGCCGCCUCUGUUCACGCCUGCCCCAUGUGUAUAACGGACAAUCUCGGUCAUCUCUUGUGUCUCCUCCUUGUUUUGGUCAUCGCCUGUCGCCCUCUCUGUUCGGCAUCUACAGUUUCAACUGCUCCACUCGUGCGAUACAACAUACAUACACGGUCGCGGGUCUCAAAAGUCUGCGCGUUGGUCCCGGAAGCAUGGCUCGAUGUACAAUAGCGCAAUAGCUGGACAUGUUAUUGAUGGUUAGACGGACGGGGAGCGAGCUCGCUUCGCUCGCUCGAGAGGGUUCUGUGUGGUAUUGUGCGGCGCAGUAUUGUGCGCGACGGGCGGCCAUCAAUAGAUACAACGAGGUGGACGCUGCUGUCGGUGGACAAUGGUUGAAGGGGUGAUUGUUGAUCGGCCCGCGGUCCGCGGUCCGUGACGGUGACUGACGGGCACGGCGGUUGUGGCCCGAGAUCUGCUCAUUCAACGUGCGGCGGCAGUGCGGCAUGGGCGACGAGUGCAGCUUUUGCACUGCGGAUGGAUGGCCACAACCAUGUGCAGCAUGCAGCAGUCCGGGUGCGAAGACUGCAGCGUACCGU